AUGAUAAACCCUGAAGAACAACAGUUCAAGGAAGGGGAUUUGGUGUGGUGCAAUAAAAUUCCGUCCACAUAUGAAGAGGAAGAUGUUUUAUAUAUUUUAUGUCGUAUAUUAGAAAAAAAAAGUGACGAUCACAUAGUAUUAGCAAAAUAUGACAAUGAGACAAAUGGUUCUACAUUUGUGUGUGAAUCCAAACAUUUAUACAAUGCUAAUAAUAAUAAUCCAUUUUCAUUAGAUGAAGAUGAUAUGAUUAAAUUAAAACAUUUUAAUGAAGCUACAGUAUUAUAUCAUUUGCAUGGGAGAUAUGAAAAAAAUAUUUUUUUUACAAAGAUGGGGCCAUUAUUAAUUUAUGUGAAUCCUGUAGAAAAAGAAAAUAAUUAUGAAAAUAAUACAUGUAAUAAAAUAAAUAAUAUUAAUGUUAUAUGUAAUGAAGUAAUUGAAAAGUAUAAAUAUAGGCAUUCUAGUGAUGAUUUAAAAUUGAAUGAAUAUGAUGUUGGUAUGACUGCUUUAAAAUAUAUAAAUGUAUUAAAAAAGAAUCAAUCAAUUAUUAUAACAGGAGAAUCAGGAUCUGGUAAGAGUAAAAUAUUUAAUAGUUUAUUAAAUUUUUUUAGUAAUGAAAGGAUAACACAAACAGUGCCUUGCCUCACCCCACACGAAAAAAAAAAAUUAGAAAUAAAGAAUGAUGAUAAUAUUAAUAUAUUAGAAAUCUUAAAACAUGGUAAUAUAAUUAUGGAAGCACUUGGAAAUGCAAAAACAAGUAAAAAUAACAAUUGUAAUAGAUAUGCUAAAUAUUGUAUGUUACAAAUGGAUAAAAACAAAAUUAAACAUAUAUAUAUGAAAAAUUUUUUAUUUGAUAAAGAACGUUUAAUAAAUAGAAGAAGUGAUGAAAAUAAUUUUCAUAUAUUUUAUUAUAUUUUAAAUGGAUCAACAGAAAAUUUUAAGAAAAAAUAUUUUUUUAAAAAUUUAGAAGAUUAUAAUAUAUUAAAAAAUGAUUGUAUUCGUGAUAAUUCCAAUGAUGAACAAAAUUUCGUACAAUUAUUAACAUCAUUACAUGUUAUAUUUGAUGAUGAUAUAAAACAAAUAGAUUUUUUCUUUUCAAUUUUAUCAGCUAUAUUAUUAUUAGGAAAUAUUCAAAUGAUAAAAAGUCCUAAAAAAUCUUUAUUCAGACAACAUUUUAUUUGUGAAUUUCCAUCAAAUUAUAAACAAUUACAAGAACAACUUGAAUAUAUAGAUGAAUCCCAAAUAAUGAGUAUAUCAAAAAGAUCUUCAUCUAGUUCAUCCUAUGAAGGAUCAUCUAAUUUAUCAAAUAUGGAUUCAUCUGAAUGUCUAGACAAAAAUACUUAUAUCUUUUUAGUAGCUAGUAAACUCUUAGGUAUCGACGCUGAAAUGUUUUUAAAAUAUUUUACUUCUGGUUAUUUAUUAAAUGAAAUAAUUUUGAUGAAGGGUCAAAAUGAAAUGAAAGUGCAAAAAAAAAUCGAGCGUUUUAUGAAAACAUGCUAUGAAGAAUUAUUAAACUGGGUCAUAUGUAAGAUUACUACAAAAUAUAAUGAUAAAUUAAUACAUAAUACAAAAGAGAUAAAUGAAAAUAAUGGAAUAUGUGAAAAUGAGAAGAGUGAAAAAAAUGAUAAUUACAUAAAUAUUUUGGAUAUCAUUUAUUUUGAGAAUUUAAAAGAAAAUUCUUUGGAACAAUUUUUAAUAAAUACAACAAAUGAAUUUAUAUUAAAGGUAUAUACAGAUUUUUAUUAUAAAAAAAGGGAACAGAUGUAUAAACAAGAAGGGUUGGAAUUAUCAUGUGAUUCGAUUUAUAUAGAUAAUGAACAAUUAUAUAAAGUAUUAAUAUCUAAAGAAGGAUCUUUAUUUUCUUUGUUAGAAAAUAUAAGUAUGAAAAAAUCUUUUGAUAAAAGUAAUUUAUGUUCAACUAUUGUAAAUAGAUUUAUAAAAAAUCCAUAUAUUAAAGCGAAUUCAUUGGAAGUAAAUAAAGCGUUUAUUAUAGUUCAUUCUUGUAGUCAGAUAUCUUAUAAAACAGAAUAUUUUAUAGAAAAAAAUGUAGACAUAUUAACACGUGGGUUUAUUGAAAUGAUCAAAAAAUCAGACAAUAAAUAUAUGCAACAAUUUUGUAGUUCUUAUGAUUAUGAUACAAGUGGGAAAAUAAUGGAAGAAAAUAAAAGAUUUACUGUUCAUACCAAUUUUAAAUUAUUUAAAAAAGAGUAUGAUCCAAAUAAACAAAUGGCUGUAACAUUAUUAAGAAAUAAUUUAUUAGAAAUAGCAAAUUAUAUAGAAAAAAGUUUUUGUCAUUUUAUUAUGUGUAUAAAUACAUGCAGGAAAAAAAACAACACUGAAGUGGUUCAUCAUUUCGAUAAGAAGCUUGUGUUGAAUCAAGUUACAAAUUUUCAUAUGAUGAUAGAAGCAGAUCAGUUUAAGGAUGAAUAUUUUCCUCACAUGUUUUCCUUUUUAGAAUUUGUGCAGAUUUUUAAAUGUUUAAAGAAUUACAAGAAAAUCAAUCAUAAGUCUGAUGAUACUCUUCAUACAUAUGAGAAUAUGAAUAACAUGGAUGGUAUGUAUCAUACAACUAAUCCUUUUGAUAAUUUCGAAUCAGAUGAUAAUAAAAUUCUAUGUGAAGAAAUAUUGGAAUAUAUGAAAAUAGGAGAAAAGGAUUGGGCAAUAGGAAAUAAUAUGAUUUUUCUUAAUGAGAAAAGUAUGAAUGUAUUAGUCGAUUCGGUUUAUUACAUGUGGUUAGAAAGUUUAGAAAAUGAAAAGAGAAAAGAAUUAUGUGAUUUGAAAGAAAUGUUGGAUGGAAAUGAAAAUGAUGAAGAUGUUGCAAAUGAUGAAGAUGUUGCAAAUAAUGAAAAUAUUAAAAAUGAUGAAAAUAUUAAAAAUGAUGAAGAUGUUGAAGAGGAGAAAUAUGAGAAGAGGGAGUUGGAAUAUAUAAAUAUGGAUGAGAAAAAUGUGGAGGUACAAAUAAAAAAUAAUCAUUCAUUUUUAAAUUGUGAUAACAAAAUUGUUGAUAUGACUAAUGAGAUGGAUGUGGAAAUAAGCAUCGGAAGUUAUAAUAAAAAUGUUGACAAUAAUAUUGUGGAUAAUGAAUAUGAUAUGAAUGAUAAUGUUCAUAGAAAAAGUAGUACAAAUAUGUCAUAUGAUGAUUAUGAAAAUAUGGAAGAAGAAUUGUUAAAGGUGAAUUUAAAAGAAGGAGACACUAGUUCUGUCUCAGAUAUGGAAGAAAAAAUGAGCAGGAUAUCAAAGGAGACAGAUAGAAAGGAAAGUAAAGUGAAAAGGAAGAGCAGCUUACUUAGAUUAUCAAAAAGUUUGAGAAAUUCUUUCCAGAAAAUGAAAAAGAGCAAGUUGAAUGAGAAAGAGGUGAAAGUAGAUCUUGAUGAUGAUGAGAAAGAGAUAAAAGUAGAUCUUGAUGAUGAUAAGAAAGAUGUAAAAGUAGAUCUUGAUGAUGAUGAGAAAGAUGUAAAAGUAUAUCUUGAUGAUGGUGAGAAAGAGGUAAAAGUAGAUCUUGAUGAUGGUGAGGUAGAUGAAAAUGUUGAAGAAAAGAAAGAUGAUAAGGAUGAUGGUUAUGGAGUUAUGAAUUUUUUCAACAACAUUAAUUUUUAUAAGAAAGGGUUGAAAGACUUAAAUAAUGCUAUAAAACAUUUUAAUCCAAUAAAUGGGAAAAUCAAAAAGGAUAAGAUUUUUAAUAUGGGUAUUCAGAAUUUUUAUAACAAAAAGAAGAAUUUUUUCUCAAACUCUAAAAGGGGAAGCGAGGAUAGUAAAAAGGGGGAGGAAAAUAAAGAUGUAGAAGAAAAUAAAGAUGUGGAAGAAACUAAAAAUGUGGAAGAAAAUAAAGAUGUAGAAGAAAAUAAAGAUGUGGAAGAAAAUAAAGAUGUAGAAGAAAAUAAAGAUGUGGAAGAAACUAAAAAUGUGGAAGAAACUAAAAAUGUGGAAGAAACUAAAAAUGUGGAAGAAAAUAAAGAUGUGGAAGAAACUAAAAAUGUGGAAGAAAAUAAAAAUGUGGAAGAAAAUAAAAAUGUGGAAGAAAAUAAAAAUGUGGAAGAAAAUAAAAAUGUGGAAGAAAAUAAAAAUGUGGAAGAAAAUAAAGAUGUAGAAGAAAAUAAAAAUGUGGAAGAUAAUAAAGAUAUAAAAGUAGAAAGUGAUGAAGAAAAAAUAGAUGAAAAUUAUGACGAGGAUGAAAAAAGUAAUAUUAUUGAGGAUAUGAAUAAAGAUGAAAAUAAUUAUAAUCAAAUAUAUAAAAUUGAGGAUAAUAUUAUCGAUUUAGAUUAUGUCGAUUUAUCAAACAUUGAAAAAAGUAUGAAUGAAGAAGAUACAAAUGGUAUGGAUGAGGAUGAAAAAAAUAAUAUGAAAGAUGAUAUAAAUGAGGAACAAAAUAAUAAUGAUGAAAUUUAUAAAAGUGAUGAUCAUGUUGUUAAUUUGGAUAAUACUAAAAAGGAUGUAAAUGAGGAUGAUAAGAGUAAUAUAAUUGAGGAAGUUGAAAAUAUGAACUGCAUGCAGGUAAAAACUGAAGAUGUUAAGAGGGAAGACAUGGGCAUAUGUGAAGUGAAGGAAAAUAAGCCUAAUGAUAAUCAAAUAAAUAAUGUUCAGAAGAAGAAGAAAAAAAAAAAAAGAAGAAAGAAGAAGAAAAAGAGCGUUAUAAAUAAUGUGGUGGAUAAGGAUAUAUCUUAUGAAAAGGAUGUUAUAAAAAAGGAUAUAUCUGAUGAAAAAUAUGUGAUAGAUGAAGAUAAUAAUAUGAUGAACCCUGAUAAUAUGACAAAUGUUAAUAAAGACAUUUUGAAUGUUGAAAAUGUUAUGAUAUAUGACCACCAUAGUAUAUCAGACAAUGAUAAUAUGAUGAAUGAAGAAAAAAUGGAUGAUCUAAAAUUAGAUAGUAGAGAAAAUAUGAAUGACCUAAAAUUAGAUAGUAAAGAAAAUAUGAUGGAUGACAUAAAAUUAGAUAGUAAAGAAAAUAUGACGGAUGAUCUAAAAUUAGAUAGUGAAGAAAAUAUGAUGGAUGAUCUAAAAUUAGAUAGUAAAGAAAAUAUGACGGAUGACCUAAAAUUAGAUAGUGAAGAAAAUAUGAUGGAUGAUAUAAAAUUAGAUAGUAGAGAAAAUAUGAUGGAUGAUAUAAAAUUAGAUAGUAGAGAAAAUAUGAUGGACGACUUACAAUUAGAUAGUAAAGAAAAUAUGAUGGAUGAUAUAAAAUUAGAUAGUAGAGAAAAUAUGAUGGACGACUUACAAUUAGAUAGUAAAGAAAAUAUGAUGGACGACUUACAAUUAGAUAGUAAAGAAAAUAUGAUGGAUGAUAUAAAAUUAGAUAGUGAAGAAAAUAUGAUGGAUGAUCUAAAAUUAGAUAGUGAAGAAAAUAUGAUGGAUGAUCUAAAAUUAGAUAGUGAAGAAAAUAUGAUGGACGACUUACAAUUAGAUAGUAAAGAAAAUAUGGAUGAUCUAAAAUCAAAUAGUGAAGAAAAUAUGAUCGAUGAUCUAAAAUUAGACAGUAAAGAAAAUAUGGAUGAUCUAAAAUUAUAUAGUAAAGAAAAUAUGGAUGAUCUACAAUUAGAUAGUGAAGAAAAUAUGAUGGAUGACCUAAAAUUAGAUAGUAAAGAAAAUAUUAUGGAAGACCUACAAUUAGAUAGUAAAGAAAAUGUGAUGGAUGACCUACAAUUAGAUAGUAAAGAAAAUAUGAUGGAUGACCUACAAUUAGAUAGUAAAGAAAAUAUGACGGAUGACCUAAAAUUAGAUAGUGAAGAAAAUAUGAUGGAUGACCUACAAUUAGAUAGUAAAGAAAAAAUGGAAGAUCAUAAAAAGGAGGAACAUGUAGAGGAAACAAAAAAAAUAGAUGAAGAAAUAUAUAAUGAUAAAAUGAGUGAUAUUGAAAAAAAUAAUUCAACUAAUAAUAUUGGUAUAGAAUUACAUGUUAGUGAAGAUAGUUGCAUGCAUAAUGAACCUUCAAACAACUUAACAAAAUUUGAUGAAGAGGAUUGUCUUGAUGAGAAUACAAAGGAUUGUUAUGAUGAUUAUUUGGAUGAGAAUUAUAUAGAUUUUAACUUUAGUUGUAUGAAGGCUACAACUAUAAAUAAAUUAGGAAAUAUGAAUGAGUUAUCAUGUUAUAAAAAUGAUGGAAGUGAUAUUAUACAAACAUUGUUUGAUUAUUAUGAUUGUUCAUAUGACAAGGCAUAUGAAAAUUGUUUUUUUGAAAAUAGAUGGGAUGAUAUUGUUGAAGAAGAAGAUUCUGUUUUUUUAAAUAUAUAUAAUAACAAAGAGAUGAGUAACUUAAGAAAUUCAGAAAAUAAGGAUAUAUUAUUAGAUCAUUUAAAUGAUAUAUAUAUAUGUAAAUAUAAUGAGAAGCAGAAUAUAAUGAGGAUUAUUAAAAGAAUGAAACAUGCAAUGGAAAAGGUACAUGGAAAUAAAUGGAAUAUACUUUUUAGUUUUUCAGAUUGUUGUAUAAGAUCGUUUGUACAUAAUAAAGAUAAUGUAAAUAUUGAAAAGAAUGUUGAUUUAUUAAAAGAAAAAAUAUUAUUUUAUGACGAAGAAUAUUGUAUAUAUAAUAAUAAUAGUAAUAGUAAUAGUAAUAAUAAUAAUAAUAAUAAUAAUAAUAAUAAAGAAAAUGAAUUAUGUGAAUAUAAAUAUAAUCAUCUUGUAGAAUAUGUAGCAUUACCAAGAAAUAAAGCCGUACAUGAAAUAUGUAUAUCAAAUAAUUUACAUAAAAAGUUUAUUAAAGAAAAUUAUAAAAUUAUGUGUUUUCAGCCAACAAAAAUAUCCCACAAGGAUUUCUUAAAAUCCAAAUUAUUUUAUAAAUCUAUAAACUAUACAAAUUUCCAAACAAGAAAUAUAACACAUGUAACUAUUGAUUUCUCUUAUAUGGAUGAUAAAAUGAAAAACAAUUUUAAACAACAUGUUAUAAAUGAAUUUGUUAAUAAUCCAAACAUAACUAAAGAAGAUUUAUCAAAUAGUUUAUUUCAUUUGGCAACAUAUUUUUAUCAUGAAAAAAAUAAAGAACCAGGAACAUGGUGUGUGUUCAUAUCUGAAGAAAAGGGUUUUGCUGGUGCAGUAAAUAUAGUAAAAAAUAAAUAUUUAAGAAUGACAGCUCAAAAUAAAAAUAAAAAAUAUAACAUACUUGUUUUUAAAACUCCAGCAUUGUAA